AUUAGACAAUAAUUUUGGGACAAAAUUUUUUGGGUAAAGUGGACAAUAAUUAUGGGAGGGAGGGAGUAUAUUUUUUUACAUUUUUAAUAGAAAAAAACAAGUAAAAAAACACACUAAAAAAAAACAAACAGAGAACAAGUCUAGAUUAGACUUUAGAGAGUGGAUAAGAUCAUAAGAAAACAUGGAGAGAUAUUUUUGCCCCUUCUCCUCGCGAUCAACGCGGAAAAGUGCAAAUGAUAUCUACACCCCAAAAUAUCUAAGCCUAGGCUGGGCCCUUAUCCACCUAAAAAUGCAGUCCAAUUUUGGCCCACUUAAUUAUGGUCUAAACAACCCGUAAUUAAUCCACUUUUUUUCCAGCUUAAACAGAGACAAAGAAGAGGAUUAACGAUGUACUUAUUAAUCCUAAACAUCGUUUGAGCCAAAAAAAAAGGGUACAAAAACAAUAACUGCGCAACUUGACCUGACUAUAAAUAUGUAUAUGUAACCUUGUCUGAACAAGCUGCAAAUACUCAAAAGGAGAUUUUUAUUUUGAUAUUUUUUUGGUAAUCAAGUAGUGAAGGAAAGAUUAAUGGAUUGCUGCAUCAUGAGGCCAAAUAGAAGUGAUGUUCAUUUGUCAAGGGAAGAAGAAGCUAAGAUGGAGGAAGCAACUCGACAACACUUUGAUAGCUUAGCUCCAAAACGCCACACCAAGCCUCAGCGCAGCGAGUAUUCCAAAACUUACACCGAUGCCGUUUCUCUUUCCGGCGGUGAUGUCAUUCCUCCUGAAUUUGUGGAGUUUCAGCGCCUUGAAAAUGACCAUUCUGAGAAACUGGUGUACAAGAACGGAAAUCAUGAGGCGGAGGAGUUCGUGGAAACAGAGUAUUACAAGGAUCUGAAUGGUGUUGACAAGCAGCAUCACACGGUAAAUCAUUGUUGGAUAAUUAAAAGAGGUUUUUGGUAUGUAGAUAGUAAUAUUUGAAGGUAAUUAUUAGAAUUGUGAUGGACAAGAAAACUAACAAAUGCUUCCGAUUUUCUUUUUCUUUUUGUUGAUGGUAAAAUUUCAGACAGGAACUGGGUUCAUCUCGAUGGAUAACAUGAAGGGCAAGUCUUUCAGCUUAGAUCCGGAUUCUGAUAUUGACCAUCAUGAUUCUUGCAAAGGAAAUCCAGCUACCAAUGAUUGGAUUCCAGCUCCUGUUGAUGAGGUAUGUAUGUUUUGAUCAGAAAUGAUGUCAAUAUUGCUUUUCAAAUCCUGGAAUUUCUGUCGUUUCUGAUGAAGUCUUGCUUCUGUUAAUGAUUCAGGUUGAAUUUGUCUCUGGCAAACCCAAGAGAAGCGAGAACUAAAAGGUUGGAGGAAGCUUGAAGACAUCACUAUGCAUCUAUGACUAUAAAUUAUUAAUAGCUGGGGAGAUUUCCAAUUCCAAUGUUUUCUAGGAAUUUCUUUGUAAUUCAAUAAAUGCUUCUACUAUGAUGUUGUUCAUCGUGCUUAGAUUUACUACGAUGGAUUUGGAUUUAUAGUAAAAUCUUGUUCUGUGAAGUGUGUUUUUGAAAUUUCAAAAACCUCUUUUAGUAUAGGUUUUCCGACUCACAAAUCUAAGACUUUAUUUGUUUCCUUUUCUUGAUAGUGUUUUUGAAUUAAAUAAUUAUUAACUGUCUCAUUUUAAUAUAUUUUUUUAUAUUUUUAAUAUAUCUUUUUAUAUUCUUAAUACAC